UUUGACAAGUCUAAUGACAUCGUAGACAUUUUCUUCCAUAUAAAACAUACAAACAAAAAAAGACAAAGAAGAGAAGAGGAAAAUAUAACAAAAUAUUAAAACAAAGGGAAUUCCCCCACUUCUGGAAAAAGAGCACAGCUAUGUGAUUAUAAGGAGAACCUAUAACUCUUUGGAGUCCAAGUCGGAGUUUGCUCUUAUACGUACUCAUCUGCAGCAUGGCCCAUUCUUCAUCUACCUAUAAAAGAUAUAUAGACCCGUCUUAUGCUAAGAGUUAUGCUGGCUAUGGCUCCUACACCUCCAACCUCAGCUCUUCGUACAGCGAUCGCAGUAAUGUACCCUACAAAUCAAGUUUGAGUAGUUCAUACUACUCCAGCUCUCCCUUGCGCUCCUACCACGAUCUGGAUAGAAGUCUUCCCUGUCUGGAUCCAACCACCAAAAGGACAGAUCUAUUAUCACGCUCUUCAUCAAAAUACAUUACUAAUGGCUAUUCCUAUGGAUACAAUACCACUCUUCCAACUUACCCCACCACCUCCCUAUCACGCAAAAAAUCAUUUAGUCACACAGAUCUAACCCUUGGACUCUCUGAGCUACGAACUUCAGAUACUUACUAUCCCCACAGCCCAGGAAAAACACGGUCACGCUUUGAAGUAGAUACACCUUCCCGAAUUUCCUAUGUUUCCAACGCUAACGAGUCAAAUGAUAUUUAUGGGAAGAAAAGAGGCUCAUCUAAUGGAUAUGGAAGCUCUUCUACACUCUCUUCUGAGCCUGUUACUACCCUUUCCAAGUCUGGGUCUAAGUUUUCAUACUCCUAUGAGAAGAGUGAGGGGACCAGUCAGAAGGAGAUACCGCCCCAAAAAGUUGUACAAGGUUUGGUUGGCCUGCGGAACCUGGGAAAUACGUGCUUUAUGAACUCCAUCCUCCAGUGUCUAAGCAAUACUAAGGAUCUUAGGGACUAUUGUCUACAAAAGACAUAUAAACGUGAUCUCAACGCAAAGAACUACAAUACAGCAAUUAUGGAAGAGUUUGCCCGUCUGCUUCAAGCAAUGUGGACAAGUUCAGUCAAUGAGGUUGUGAGCCCCAUGGAAUUCAAAAGUCAGAUACAGAGAUAUGCACCACGUUUUAUGGGAUACAAUCAACAGGAUGCACAAGAGUUUUUGAGGUUUAUGCUAGAUGGACUGCACAAUGAAGUCAACAGGGUGACAGUCAAACCCAGACCCAAUACUCAGGACUUGGACCAUUUGUCUGACACAGAAAAAAGCAGGCAAAUGUGGAAGAGAUAUUUGGAAAGAGAAGACAGCAGGAUUGUGGAACUGUUUGUCGGUCAGUUGAAGAGCUCGCUCACAUGCAGUGAAUGUGGAUAUUGUUCUACUGUGUAUGAUCCAUUUUGGGACUUGUCGCUACCCAUUGCUAAGAAGAGUGUUUCAGAAGUGUCCCUAAUGGAUUGCAUUCGUCUCUUUACCAAAGAGGAUGUUUUAGAUGGGGACGAAAAACCAACAUGCUGUAGAUGUAAAGUUCGUCGAAAGUGUAUCAAGAAAUUUACAAUUCAGAAAUUUCCCAAGAUCCUUGUACUUCAUCUUAAGCGGUUUUCUGAAGGCCGCAUAAGAAGUAGCAAGCUUUCCACAUUUGUGAAUUUCCCGCUUCGAGAUUUAGACUUACGUGAAUUUUAUGCAGAACACAGCACUCAAGCUACAUACAAUUUGUAUGCUGUAUCCAAUCAUUCGGGUACCACCAUGGGGGGCCAUUAUACUGCUUACUGCAAAAAUACAAACAAUGGAGAGUGGUACACAUUUAAUGACUCAAGGGUUACCGCAAUGUCUUCCAGCCAGGUGAAAAGCAGCGAUGCCUACGUGUUAUUCUAUGAGCUAUCAGGACCUUCGUCCAGGAUGUAGACUUCAAACCACUAACGAAUGCAGUGGAAAUACAAUUGCAUCAGAUGUGAAAACUGUCCAGAAGGGUCAAAAGAACCUUUCAUUUAUGCUGCAGUGAGCUAAAAUAAUUAUUUUUAAUGUACACCAGCAUUUCAUACAGUCACUAGUUGCCUUAAGUAAUCAUCCAAAGAACUAUGGCCUUAAACUGAUAUAAGAAUACCACUGGUUUGGUUUAUGGUGCAGGAAACGCUGAAAAAAGAAAACCAACUUUGUCCAUCAGUAUUCAAUGACAUCUAUACCCAAGUUUUUAUAACCAGUAAGAACAUAAGUAAACCAGUAUGGGGAACCCCCAGCUGUUUUUGCACAAUACUGAAGCUCCAGGUAUGUUUGUUGCUGCUCUUACCAUUUGAGUGUUAUGGUAGAAGAAAUCCUAAGAAGUGUUUCGGGAAAGUCCUUCUUUCAGAAGUCAGGAUGAAAACUGCUCAGGAAAGAAUCUUAUAUGUCCUUCUACAUUACGACAAAAAUGUUUUUAUGUAUUUUUUUGGUUGCUGUCACAAAAAAAAUACCAGUUACUGGGGUGGCCUGCUAAAUAAGGCGGCCCCUUGUAUGAAGAAUUUUAACAUGGAGAGUGUUGUUCCUUGAAGUGAAUAAGAGAAAUGUAUUUAUACACAUAGCGAGACAGUCACCGCUGUAUAUAAUUUGGAGUGCUGUGUAUUUCUUAUAUCUAAUCUGUCUCGGUAGGAGUUCUCAGCUUAGGUAGUGAUGCCAUGAUAGAAUAUGAAAUACAAUAGGCUGCUUUUCUGGACAGAGGGUGGAGUGGCAGAAGUGGUCACUCAGAAUUUCUCUCCAGAACAUGGUGUCUGACAAGGCUUCUUCUGAUAUCUUUGGGGGCCACAAGAAUUCAAUCUUUCCACUGCUAACUUUUUACUGCUUAAGAGGUGUGUGGUGUUCACAACAGUAUUAAGAAGAUGUACUGAAGGACUUAGGCGAUUUAGCAGUUUUUUACUUUUAUAAUUGUUUUUAUUAUUAUUAUUAUUAUUAUUAUGCAAAUACCAAAGCUAGUGCAGUGUAACAUGUAGUUAUAAUUUAUUUGAAAGUACUGUAUAUGAAAGCUGAAGUUUUAAAGCAAAAUUGCAGUCAAAACAUUUUUACUCCGAGUGAGAUUUGAGUGGACAAAGCUUGGGACCUCUUUCAGAAUUAAAUGCUACCUCUUCACGACCCACCUAAAAAAUUGUAUACAGCCAGACAAGACCAUACACAUGCCGUGGCUUGUUGAGUUGAUAGCGCCACUGCCUAUCAAAAUUUCCCAUACAAGUCAAUUGGACUGCGACGCAACUGCAAAAUCAAGCUCUUGUCUUGAGGUUGCUGCAUGUUCCCUUCAUUCAAAACUGCUGUUUGUAAAGGAAACAAAGCAGGCGCUAAGGAGGUGGCUCUAGUGCAGGGUUAUGCAAUUAGCGGACCUUCAGCUGUUGCAGAACUAUAUGUCCCAUGGGGCAUAGCAAGGCUCUGACAGCCACAAGG